CUCCGUCUGCCCGGCGGGCGCCUCCUCGUGUUCGGGGCUCCGAUGGCGGCGCCGGGCGAGAAGGGCGAAGGCGGCGGCGAGAGCAGGAGGGCGCCUUUCGGGAGCCGCUUCCUCACCGACCCGGCGCGCCUCUUCCAGCACAACGCCUGGGAUAACGUGGAGUGGUCUGAAGAGCAGGAAGCAGCUGCCCAAAAGAAGGUGCAAGAGAACAGCACACACUUUGUACCUCCAGAUCAGCAAGAGGCCUAUGAAGUCCACGCCAGCAAGUACUGGGACGAGUUUUACAAAACCCACGAAAAUGGCUUCUUCAAGGACCGCCACUGGCUUUUCACUGAAUUCCCUGAGCUGGCCCCAAACCAAAAUGUCGGUCAGGCCACCAAGCCCAUCUCUGAGGACACUGAGGCUGCACGAGAGUCCAAGACUGCAGGCCCUGGAGGCUGCUGUGGGGCUGGUUUAGUAGAGGAGACCAGGGCCUCGGAGCAUCUGCUGGACUCUGAAACGAGCAGCUGCCAGUUGCAAUCCCAAGUAGAAGCAGCAUCGCAGAACCUGGAGGCUGUAAAACUGAAUGAGGACUUCCCAGGGUCAUCUGCUACUUACCGGAUACUGGAGGUGGGCUGCGGUGCUGGGAACACAGUCUUCCCCAUCCUCCAAACCAACAAUGAUCCCAACCUCUUUGUGUACUGCUGUGACUUUUCCAGGAGGGCCGUGGACCUUGUCAAGGCUCAUUCAGAAUACGACACAUCUCGCUGCUUUGCAUUCGUUCACGACCUCUGCGACACUCAGUUGCCUUUUCCAGUGCCGGAUGAGUCUCUCGACAUGGUGGUCCUGAUCUUUGUCCUUUCAGCGCUUCUUCCAGAAAAAACACAGAGUGUCAUCAAGAGACUUAGCCAGCUUCUGAAGCCCGGAGGACUGAUUUUGUUACGAGAUUACGGCCGUUACGACCUGGCCCAGCUCCGCUUCAAGAAAGGUCAGUGUCUGGCUGAUAACUUUUACGUGAGAGGCGAUGGCACCAGAGUUUAUUUCUUCACACAAGGUGAGUUGGACUUGCUCUUCUCCACAGCCGGCUUGGAGAAAGUCCAAAAUCUGGUGGACCGCCGCCUCCAGGUGAACAGGGGAAAGCAGGUGACCAUGUACAGGGUGUGGAUCCAGUGCAAAUAUCGCAAGCCCCUCCGGCUGAGGAGAGAGCAGGAGACGCCCUCGUAGCACUGUGGCCACGUCACCUGAGGGCUGCCUUACAACGCAGGGGAAGGCUGCACAGACUUGGACCGCUCAGUGCUGGCCUGAUGAUCUCUCUUGGAGUGAAAAUUCAAACUGGGAGUUGGCUUCUUAGAACACUUAAAACUCCAAAUGUGCUUGAGAGAGACGAAGGCUUCCAGAAAAGUUGGGAAGGGGGCGCAGAUGGCCCAGAAGCUGGUGGAUCUGCCAAGCUUUUGCCCUGGAGAUCUUGGUGGCCUUUAAGGCAUCACUAGACUUGAAUCUUGCUCGAACUGCAGACCAACAUGGCUGCCCACCUGAAACUUCUUUAUGGAAGCCUCCACAGACUCUUUUGAGGCCUCGCCUUUUGGACAGCUGCCUUCAGCUCAGCCAAGUGAUUCAGCAAGUGGGAAAAGUUAAAACUGGGAUUGCUGAUCCUGCUGCAUUUCAGGACAUCUCUGUGACCAUGGCAGCCAGUUGCGGGAGGUGCUGCACUUCCCUCCAACUCCACAAGGGACAGCAGGAGGGUCACCAGGAUAGAAGCCAUGGCAACAGGGCCAACAUUAGAGAGCAGGCCUUGGGGCUCUGCACAAGCCCUGAGGCAGCAUGGGACCAGGGGGGAGGAAGGGGGCAUCUUUUGUGUGUGUGUGUGGGGGGGGAGAAAAUACCUUCAGCCAGCCUGAGAGAAGCACAAGACUAUAUUCUGAAAACUCAAAUUCGUAUGUUGUGCUGAGACCUUGGAACAGGAAGCAUUGAUGACAAUAAAGCA